UAUAGGUGACAAGUGUACCCUCUCUAACUCUACUACUUCUUUAACUCUCUGUCAGUUAACUUAUCAUAACUCUCUCCAUCGAAGAACAAAGAGAUCAAAAGCCUCACCAUAUCAAGCAAUUUGGAUCAAGUGGUUUCACAUUUCUCUAACCCCAUCUUCAGAUUCCAACUUAUGGGUCCAAGGAAAAGGCUUCCUAAAGAAGAGGCAGUUAAAACUUUUAAUGACAGCAUUGACGGGUAUAUUCACCCUCCAAAGUUUAGGGAUGGAAAUGUGAAAAUAACAAUUUACUCAAGCUUACUCCAAUUAGCCGAAGUACGUGACUGGCUGUCCGUUGAUCAGCAAGCAAUAUUUAAGGGCACAGCAAUUGGCCAUCUACUUUCAGUACCAGCAGAGUCGAAGUACAGUGGCACCAUUUUGCAUUUCUUACUUUCAAGGGAAAUUCACGUGGAUGAUAAACCAGAUGAAAUGCACUUUAAGGUUGGUGGAAAAAUAUUGCAUUUUGGCAAGAGAGAAUUUGCUUUGGUUACAGGGCUUAGUUUCAAGAAACCGGAGAAAGAUUUUGUACCUCCGCCCAAAUCCUCAUCCCUGAUGUGGACCCAUUUCCCCAACCAAUAUCGUGUAACUGGAUUAGAAGUGAAGGCUCUCCUCUUCAAAAAGAAUUCCACCUGCCCAUCUCUUGACAGAGUGAAAUUGGCGUUACUUUUGGUUGUUCAUCGCUUCUUAAUGGGCUGUCCAGAUAGAGAUGCCAUAAACAUCAGUUACUGGCAUUUGGUUGACGACUUGGAGGAAUUUAACAAGUACCCUUGGGGCGAAGCAACAUUUGGUAGAUUAACAAAAUUUAGAUCACCACUACUUUAUCAAGCCAACAAAGAGAACAGUGGUGUUGGUGGGGAAACGAAGUACAAGGUUGUCGGAAUUGCCCAUGCCUUAUCAGUUUGGGCUCUUGAUAUCAUGCCUGGGCUGCUUAAUCUGUGUGGACGAAAGAUUGAAAGUAUAGGCUGGCUACCACAUAUGCUUUGCGUAUUAUGCACACAAUCUCCCAAGUAUCCCUCUCUUCGAACAUUGGAAAUGAAUGAUGUUCAUGUCCGCUCAGAUAUAAUGUGGCAAAAGGGUGAUGCAAAUCAGUUAAUAGUGCUUGGCUUAGAGGAAGGUACCCCGGAGAUAGAGGUUGAGUUAAGUUCUUCUUUCCGGACAGAGAAAGAAAGACACGGCUACCAUGGUGUGAAGGACUCUCACGGCAGGGAUGUACCCAAAGGGAAUAUGUCAUCUUGUUCUCAAGCGAAAACUACGGGAAUCGAAUCGCUUGAAGUGGUUGAGCUUGUUGAAGAUCCUGUGGAUGCUACAAUGGAUACGUCCUCUUCUAAGGGCCUGACUCGUGAUUCUACCUUAUUAAAUAUUUCGACUUCCAUAAAUGUUAUUCCUUCCCCACCAGGGUUUACAAGGGCUUCAGCUCCAGAGAGAGUGGAAGGAUUCCAACUUGUUGACGACUUCAAGAUCCUAGAAGAGCAUGUAAUUUUGUAUAAGAAGAUUUAUGAAAAACAUGGGCAUAUGGCGACCAAAAAAGUCAUCAAGUUCAAUGAUGAUAUGUUACUCACAUGUGUUACCAGUUUAUUGAAGAUCAUCUCGGCAAUGGAAAAUGUACGAGGUUCAGAAUUGAGUGAAGCACUGCUGGAUAGAUGGGAAGGGUUUAUCAAAGAUGCCGACACUUUGGAAUUCAAUAUUGAGUGGCUUCGUGAAGGAUUCCAUCGAAUUAAGAACCACUGGAGGUCUUCGUUCGGGAUAGAUAGAGAAGUUGAAAUCCAUGCAGAUGUAUUGGAUGCAAUGCAGGUCAAAUAUGACUGCCUAUCGACAAGAGAAGACGAACUUAAUGCUGAACUUUUAGAGGUAAAAGUUCAGAAAAGGAAAGCUGAGGCGACUAUUUCAUCUGAGCGAGACGCUAUUCAAGAAAAGGUGACUAAGAAAAACAAAUUAGGGUGUGAACCUGUUCUAGGAAUUGUGCUUAGCUGA